AUGGCGUUUCUUAGAAUGUUCAUGAUUUCUGCUGCCAUCGUUCUUGUUAUGUUUCUCUUGAAUCAUCUACCUUCAACUUUUGUUAGGGCAGACGAUGAACUAAUUCGUCAAGUAUGUCACAACUCGGAGUCCCCAACACCUUGUAACCAGUGUGUCAAAUCCGAUAAUCGAAGUGAUAAUGCCAAUACUGUUGGAAUUGCUACGAUUGUUGUUGAUUGCAUAAAGUUUCAGGCUAAUAACUUACAAACAAAUAUUUCUGCAUUAGCCUCUAUAUAUAAAGAUGAUGUUGCUGCAAAUCGAACCAUUACACAAUGCCGGAUUUUUUUUUCUCAUGCAAAGUCAGAUCUCAAUACAGCUACUCAAGAUUUGAAGAAAGGUGAUUACGAUGCUUCAGAUAAAUCAGUAUUCAAUGCUUUAUUGCAUCAGAAUUCUUGCAAAACUCUAUUCGAAAAUAGCCCAAAGAUAAAAUUUACACCUCAUAUCUUUUAUGGGUUCAAUAUGUUUGAAAAACUCUCACAAAUAGCUUUGAGCAUUAUCGUUCGUCUUUGA